UUCCAUGGGCGCGUGCGGGAGCGAGGGUGCGUCACACAAUUUAAUUAAACAGCAAAAAAAUAUUAAAAUAAACAUGAAAGUGCGUUUCAGUCAAGCGCACCGGUUCUCUGUGAAGGAUUUCUUCAACUUUGCCACCAUGCAAUAUUCUCGCUACUCAUGCAAUUAAUGGGAAUUAUAAAAGCAAGCUUUUGGAUCAGGGCAUUGGAGAAGUUGUAUCUUGGAGAACUAUUUCCACACUGCAAGCCCAGGCAUCACAUAUGUCAAGGCUGAUUCUGGUCGCUGGCCUGUUCAGAUGGACUUCAAGCUGUUGAUAGGGUGAAGAUUUUUAAAGAUCAACUGGUCUCUGACAAUAAUAAAGCAAUUUUUGAUCAAAGAACCAAAAUCGGAGGCCCUUUCUUUUAAAAUUGAAAACAAGCCAGAGACUAUUGAAAACGUUCACCUUAAACUUUGCAAGAGAUGUUGAGACUGUCAUAGGCAAAAUUCAAGACGUAAUCAUGCAUCUGGAGGUUAAGGUUGCGUUGAACUUCAUUGUCUCAUACUUGUACAACAAGCUUCCGCGCCGGAGGGCAGAUCUGUUUGGUGAGGAGUUAGAGCGUAUACUAGUGUCCCGUUUUGAAGGACACUGGUAUCCAGAGGUACCUUUACGUGGUUCUGCCUUCCGCUGCCUUAACCUGGGGGGUCAUAGGGACCCGGUGGUGGAACUAGCAGCCAAGAGGAGCGGUCUGGACACCGAAGAAGUCCAUGCUAAUGUUCCCCCUGAGCUCAGCAUUUGGAUCGACCCUUAUGAAGUGUCCUACCAGAUUGGGGAGAAGGGUGCAGUGAAAGUUCUCUACAUACAGGACUCGCCAGGUUUAGGGGGUGAUAGUGAAAUGUCUGAUGGUGCGAGUGCACCCUAUAAAGGAGACGUGGAGUUCGAGGAAUUGAAAAGUAUGGGCUUUAACCCAGAGGCUCAGGUGUUUGUGCCCAUCGGUGGCCAGGUGUCGCCAGUCUUGCUACCGUCACACCCCAGCUCACCGACCCCAAUCUCUACCUCAUCUUGCCAGGGGCUGUUUGGUUAUGCUGCCCCCAGCCCUCCCACCAAUCUCAGUGCUCAUUCCUCCAACCCUUCCACCCCGUCGCCACCCAGUGCAGCGCUCGUGUACCCACACCCUGCAGCUCCACCCAGCUCCUGCCCCGCCCCUCAGGUAUUAACCUUCACCACAGCCAGCUUUGCCGCAACAAAAUUUGGCUCUACGAAGAUGAAGAAGAGCGGCAACUCUGGAAAUUCUGCAGGUUCUGGUGUAGUUGUCACUCCGCAACAAAGGUCGAUUACACGCUCCCCCAACAACAUCUCCCCGCCAGGGCUGGUCAAGCACAAACCCCUUUCCAUAUCCAUGCACUCCCUGGUUAACCCCAUCCCUAGUCAACUGUCUCCCAAUGCCAAAGAGUUUGUGUUUCCCACUUCCCAGAGGCCCCUCUACUUUGAAGCAGAAGUUCUGCCUAUGACCCCACUCCAGGCUCUGCCCACACAUGCCUCCUUUGAUCCAUUCUCCAGCCCACCACCAGGCCAGUCUGUGAGAAUCAUUGGUGGCACCGGUGGGAUUUCCUUUAUGGAUAAACCUCCAUUUGUGGAAGGGCUUGGAGGAUACAAUUUGCAGUAUUCUGGCCAGGCUUUCCAGCCUGUUGUGUUGGCCAACUAAAGAGUCUCAGACUUGAAGAUCCCAAUGCUGAAACACUUUCCUUUUAGGACCUUUUUUCCCCUCCCCACAGAUUAUUGUUACUACUACCAUAGUGAAAAAUUAUUACGACUACUUAUUGAGUAUUACUUGUGAUUGUUGCUUUUCCAUUUGUAAUUUUUUGUUCCAUGAUGUUAUUACUUUCUAAACUUUGAGUAACCAGCCUCCUGUUGCACAGGUGUUUGUUGUUUUCAUUGAUUCUUGAUUGGGGUGUCCAUUGCCCAAAUCUUUGUCUCCAUAAUCUGAUGCUCUAUGCUUUCUAAAUGCUAAUGAUUUGGCAGACUCUGGAUAAAAGCUAAUAUUCUUUCAGGAGAUUCUAGGAAGCUAGAUGCGUAUAAGGGAAUAGUGCUGAUGUUCAGAAAGAUGAUUCUGGAAAGAAUGAAUAUUCUGUAAGGCUAAAAUUACAGCCCCAUUAACAGUCUGGUCACACCUAAGUGGUCAUAAUUAAGGAUCUAUGGUAAUUUUAUGACACGUUCUCCGAACCAAUGCCAGUCACAUGCUCUUGAGCUGAUGAUUAAGAGGGAGCUCAUGCUUGCUGCAUGCAGUUCGUUUGGGCUUUGAAUGCACUUUUUUGUUAACCUUGAGACAGCUUUUCAGUGUGAAUAAACGGAGCCAAAUUCUAAUGAAACCAACCAGUGUUUAAACCUGACAUUUCUCACGUCAUUGUGGUGCAGAGUUGGAUUGAGGAUUGAUGUUCAACGUUUUCAUUCUCACAAAUCUUGUAAGUGAAGUUCAGAGGAAGGACACAAGGCAGAAUGAUUUAUGGAGGGUUGUUUGCGAGUCUUAUUGGUUUCCUUCUCUUAUACAUGCUGGUUCUUAAUCGGCAGUGCAUGAAGGUGACUGGGAGGUGCUGGAGAUAUUGAUAAAUGGCUGAAUGUGACUUUGAAGGCAUGGGACAAAACAAGGACUGAAGUGUUGAUGCAGAGAGGAUCAGAUUAGCUUAACAGCACUGAGACCUGUUACAUUGUUCUUUUUACUUUUAAUCCAGAGGUUGUCAACUGUAGUAUGGAGGAGAUUCUACAGUGAAAAUGGCACUUUUUUUUUUUUUUUCUUCUUUAAAGCAAGGACUUUGAAUGUUAUCUCAUAUUCUGACUACACUGGCUGUGUUUUGUGAAGUGCUUGUAUGGUCUCUUUAGAGCACUAGGAUUGAAGCUAGUAUUCUAGAGUCUUCUUGUUGAAGGUAGGAGCCUGUUAUGGUAUCCACUAUGACCUCACUUCCCCCUUGGCAUUUGGUUUUAUCCAGCCGUACGCACUAGACCUUUUGGAAGCUCUCAAUGCCUCACUAGAAAAAAAAGAUGCUAGAUGCUAAAGGUCCUUUACUCUCCCUUUAAUGGCCAAUUAUGUCUGAACUAUAGCUUUGUAAUGUACUGUAGUUUAAAUAUUGUAUUAAAAAUAAAAGUUUAUAAUGGGCUGGUGGUUGGGUGAGACCAUAUGUAUGUCCUAACCUUGCUGUGAUGUCCCUCCCAAACAUUGAAAUGUGAAUGUCACUACAUUUCAAAUUAUAUUGAUUUCAUUUGGGGUGGGUGGGAUUUGGAUUUCUCUAUAAAUGCUAUGACUGAGUGUAUUUUUACAUUUGUUUGUAGUUUAUUUAAAAUUUUUCUAUUUUUUUUCCCCCUCUGUUUUUUCAAAAGAGUUAUCUAUGGUAUUUGUAAAACAAAUGAAGAGAUAUAUACUAUAAUGACAUGAAUGUGUAUAUUUCUUAUGUUUGAGAUCUUUAGUUUCUUACGUGCUGAAGUUAUUUUUUCAGAAAUAACGAUAUGAAUAUAAAUAUAUAUGCAAGAUGAAAUGACUAAUAAAAUGUUU